AUGCAUAUGGUCACUAGUGGCCUUGCCAAAUCAUCUACCACCCUUGAAAGUGUGCUGGGUUUGGGCUAUCUGAUGGAGAGGGCUUAUCACCAGUGGUUAUUCAUACUGGAUGUACAAGUGCACUACUUGGCUCUCAAGUCUUUUGAUGCAUUGGGGCAAUGGCUAGUGCAGAAAUGGAUGCUUUGCCAGAAGAAGAAACAGGUGGCUCUCAAUGGCCUCAGGAAUCUUAGGUCUGAUGAGGACAUCCUCCGAGAGGAGUGGGCAGCCCAGGUAGCUCAUCAGACUAAGCUGAUAGCUUGCAGAUCUAAACAUAAAGGCACAGAGGCUAUUGUGGGUGUUCUUGCAUUAGAAAAGACCCCCAAAAGCCACCAGAGCAUCAUUCAUGAACAUGAACAUCAGCUCAUUAGCAACAAUGUUGAUGACAUCAUGACUUUCAAUCUUCAGCUUCAUGAUGCACGUGCCCAAUGUGCUAAGGUUGUCAAGACCCUUGGGCAGAGAUGUGCUGUAUUAGGUGUUUUGGAGUAUGCCAAUCUGCAAAAGUUGAAGAAGAAUAGCGACUUCAACAAUGAAAAUUCAAGCUUGAAAAAUUGGAAUGGUCCUAUGGAAACACAGUCAACAGCCCCUGCUAAUGCCAUUCCACCCAUACCUAUCUCACAUGAUGGGAUCUUUUGGCUGGAUGUCAAUGACAACAUAUGGCAAGAUGUAGGUCUGGAGGAUGAGACUGUGGACCCACCUCGAUGGCUUGCCAAUGACAAUGUUCAUCAGGGUAUUCGUCUCUUACUUGAUCUUGACCGCUGUUUGGAAGAAGAAGACAGGUUAAGAUGCAAACACUGUGUAAUGCAAGAGUGUAUGAUCUUGGAGUGGACUGCACUUCAGGAGGCUCAAGAAGUCACAGAUGUUGAUGUAGCAUGGCACCUUGAGAAAUGUGCUGCACAGCUAUCCCUCAUGUGCUUUGAGUGGCAAUUGAGAGUAUGUCCCAUACCCACUGCAUGGGAAAUGCCUGAUAGCUGGGGACUGUCCUCCACUAAUAUUGCCCAUGCUGGGCAUUCACUUUACCACAUGAAAAUUGCACAGGCUGCACAUGCUGACUCGUGGAAAUUGUCAGAGGAUGAGAACAAUGACAAUGACAUAGAUGAGGGAGGAGUUGAUGAUGAGUUGAUGGCAGCAAUGGAGGAAGUUGUUUAUGCAAAUGAAUAUUGGAUUGUGGAUUCUGAUUCUGAAGUAGAGGACUGGGAUGAAGUACAUGUGUCAUCUUCUCCGACCUUGUAUUAA